CACCAUAAAGUAAGCACCGUAACUCUUAUCUAGCAUAUAGGGUUCAGAGUACGCACAUGGAGGAAAAAAAUGAAUGUGUACAAAAUUAAGGCUGAUCCAGGGCAUUGGGUCGAUCGGACACCAUCGGAAUAAUUCGGGAGUGGGCUCGGGUGCCAUGAGGGGUCACUCUGACCACAUACCUCACUUCGUGUUCAUCCAUCAUCAGAAUCACAACGAAAAUAUCGGAUAUUAUCAGGUUUUUGUAUCGUGGCUUUUAUCGGAUUGAAUCAUCUUUAAUACUAUCAGUUUUUGGUUAAUUAUCAUUGAACAUUGUGCUAUUAUCAUCAUAAUAAUUAUUGGAGAACUAUCAAGUGUAAAUAGUGUAUAUUUUUUGGUUAAAUUAUAUUGGUUCGCCGUAAGGCAAAAUCAACGUGUUUUUCGUCACUAUCCCAAGUUGGAAGAUCAUCUCUCCACUUCCGCUUCCAAUCCACCCUACCCGGUUAUCAACAUCAAAACUCUAACAAAUUGGUCCUUCGAGCCGGAUCUGGAAGUGUUUAAGUGAAGUGGAGUUUAAUUUAAACAUUAACAUUGGGACUCGGAGACGUGGUGACGUCAUCGAUCGGGAGUGAGGGAAGGCAAUCGCAAAAGAGGAAUGUUGUUUUGAUUUCGACGUGAGCUCGAGUUUCGACCAACUGGACAGUUUUCAUCUCGUAAACACGAAUAUCACACGGUUCUCAUCAACAGGGUUUUCCCUCAUCACAAGGUGGUUAGGAUCAUCGGGAGGUAAACACAGGGGCUCCCUAUCAACGAAGUUAGUUAAUUCCAAAUUAAUUCGGGAUUAUCAUGUCUGACGUGGAGCGUAGUCAGAGUGAGGAUGAUCAGGAGAGCAAUGGGGGAAAGACGCCAACCCCUUCAGUCCAUCAAUCAGAUCAUGGAGCGGAUAUGGAGCAGACACAAUUUGAGCUGCUCUUAACCCUACAAUUCCAAUUAAAGGAUCGUCUAAGGGAUACUCUCACCACUAUCCAAGGGUACACGGUGGAUAUGGUCACACCGGAACGGCUGAAGGGGAGGGAGAGAAUCAUCGAGACACACUAUGGGGAGUUCCGAUCCAACCAUGUGAACAUUAUCAAGGCAUACCCAUCACACAUGGCUAAAUCGGAUUACCUCACGCUCGACACCUACGGGGAGGUCAUGGAGAUUUAUGAGCUAGCGAUAGGGGCAAUCGCAUCUUUACAAGCUCAGAUCAGGAAGAUCAAGGUCGAGCAAGAGGAAAGCGACAAGGAUUAUCUAUCCAAAUUGGAUAUCAAGGUCUUCGAUGGGAAGUUUGAGGAGUGGAAGACGUUCGAAGAUGUCUUCACUUCCAUCGUCAAAUCCAGAGCAAAGGUGGGAGCUGUUCAGAAGAUGAUCAGACUCCAGAACGCACUCAAAGGGGAACCUUACAAUAUGAUCUCGAAUCUACAGGUCUCAGCAGAGAAUUUCGAGAUCGCCUGGAAAAAACUCAAGAGUCAUUACGACAAUCCAAGGCUAAUCAUCUCGGCUCACAUCGAUCACAUCUUGGAUCUCAAGCCAAUCAAUGAGAAAUCAGCGAAAGGCUUAUCAAACUUGGUUCAUCAGGUUAAUCAAGCUCUGGAUGCAUUGAAAACUCUUGGUGCUCCGGUGGAACACUGGGACAUGAUUGUAUCAAGAAUAAUCAGAAGGGUCAUCGAUCUGGACACCAAGAAGGCUUGGGAAGUACAUCUGGGAUCGGAAAGGAAUCCCCGUCCUCUCAAGGAUUUCCUCGAGUUUUUGGAGGCCAGAGCUCGAGCCUUGGAGAACGUAGAGAGGGAAGAUCCGGUGAGGACAUCCAAGGUCAACAUCUCGGCUAAGAACUCUAUCUCGCAGAAGGCCAUGGGGAAAUCAUCAGUCUACACCUAUCAAGCAUCAGGGAACUCAUCAAACACCGACAAAUCAUCAUCAGGGCCUUCUUGUCGACACUGUGACGGUUCACACUGGCUAGGGUUCAAGUGUGACAAGUUCAUGGCUAAGACUCCACUGGAACGCAGGGAAUUCAUCACCAACAGCAAAUUGUGUUAUAAUUGCUUUGGUCCUCAUCGGGCGGAUCUCUGCAAAGACACACGUCAUUGCCAGAAAUGCAAGGGCCCUCAUCACACAUUGAUUCAUGACGGGUCCUUCGAACAUCGACAGGAAUUGGAAAGACAGAAGAGUCGACCAUCAGCUUCAUCAAUCGAGGAAAACCAGGGAGAUCACGGAGCAUCCGGAUCGAGAGGUUCAUCAUCAACAUCAUCAUCACCGAGUUCAACGGAGACAGAGAGAAUUUACGACUCUCUCAACUCUUCAGAGAUCUCACAGGGGAGUGAAUCAACAUCAAAGGCAUCGGGAUCAAUUGAGAGCUCAAUUGGUCAUCUUCAAAUAUCAGCAACAUCAUUGGCGAAAUCAGAGACAUCAGGGUCGUCCUCUGACAUCAAGGUCACACAUCAAUCAUCAUCGAAUUCAGCGAGUCAACGGGUUGUGCUGUUGGCAACAGCUAAAGCACUUGCAUCAACAUCAACAGGUUCUCAUCAUACGGUCAGGCUUCUGAUUGAUCAGGGAUCAGAGGUCACAUUCAUCACUGAUCAAAUGGUACAACUUCUUCGUCUUCGUCGAUCAUCAUCACAUCUCAGGGUCUUUGGAAUAGGAGGCCUGGAGUCAGGGUUGACUCGUGGAGCAGUAAAGGUCAAACUUCAAUCUCGGUUCAACGAUCAACAUCAGAUCGAAAUCACUGCCCACAUCUUGGCCAAGCUCACAUCAACAUUACCAUCAAUUCACUGUGCAAAGGAAGAGGCAAAUCAUCUUCAACAUCUUCAAUUGGCGGAUAACAACUAUCUUAAACCUGGUCCUAUCGACAUCAUCAUCGGGGCUGAUCAUUAUGGUCAAAUCAUUGGGCAUGAGGUUAUCAAAUCUCCGGAUAAUCAACUUGUUGCGCAACAAACCAUCUUUGGCUGGAUAGUUUCUGGGACGGUCUGCUGUACAGACUGCAAGCCGAAGUCUUCUCUAACUGCAGUACGAGAGUCUCCGACUGAGCAGCUGUUGGAUCUUCUUAAGAAAUUCUGGGUCCAGGAGGAACUUUCAUCAGCUAAGGAAAUUAUUCUCAAUCAAGACGAUCAGGAGUGUGAAUUACACUUCAGGAACACACAUUCAAGAGACAGUGAGGGACGGUACGUAGUACGCCUCCCACUCAAAACAUCACUAUCAGCAUUGGGAGAGUCUAGGAGACAUGCUCUACAAUUGUUAAACCGAACGGCGAAGAAACUGGAAUCAAAUCAAGAGUAUGGGAAACUCUACAAGGACUUCAUCAGGGAAUAUGAGGAUCUGGGACACAUGAGACGUGUCUCAGAGGAAUCAGAACCAUCAGUGAGCUACUAUCUGCCUCAUCACGGUGUCUUAAGGGAAGACAGCAUCACCACAAAACUCAGGGUGGUCUUCAACGGUUCCAGCAAGACAACAUCAGGAGUGUCACUCAAUGACAUACUUCAUGCAGGAGGAAAACUGCAAACGGAAGGCUCAGACGUUCUCAUCUGGUUGAGAACUUUUCGGUUAAUCGUCGGAACGGACAUCGUGAAGAUGUUCCGUCAAAUCAAGGUUCAUCAAGAAGACUGGGAUCUUCAAAGAAUCCUAUGGAAGGAUGAGGAGGGGAAAAUCAUCACAUACCAAUUGACAACGGUGACGUAUGGCCAAACGUGUGCACCAUGGUUGGCUCUACGAGUUCUUCAACAACUCGUGGAGGAUGAGGGACAUCAAUAUCCACUGGCGGCUGUCUCUCUAUCCAAAGGGAGAUAUGUCGAUGACAUCUAUGGGGGAGCUGAUUCUGAGGAACAGCUCAAGGAACUCAUCAAUCAACUCAUCAAUAUUUGCAUGGCGGGCGGCAUGCCACUGCAAAAAUGGAUCUCGAAUCAUCAAGGAAUCCUACAGGAUCUUCAAUUAUCAACAAAAUUAACAUCGGCGGUAGAAUUCGAGGACAAAACGGUCAAAGUUUUGGGACUGUGCUGGAACCCUCAUUCAGACAGCUUCAUCUAUAAAUCAAGGAAGCCAUCAACGGAAAAAAUCAACAAAAGGACAAUCCUCUCAGAGAUCGCCCAGAUUUACGAUCCUCUGGGACUCAUCGGACCGGUCAUCAUCAGGGCUAAAAUCUUCAUCCAAGAGCUGUGGCUUCUCAAAAUUGGUUGGGAUGAUCCACUGCCCUUGAGUCACAUCAAACGUUGGAAAGAAUUCAGGGAAGAAUUCUCAAAUCUGGAUCAGAUAUCAAUCCCACGGUGGCUUCAAACAUCAUCGACUUCAAGGAACAUCCAACUUCAUGGGUUUGCUGACGCAUCGAAUCAGGCAAUGGGUGCCGCAGUAUACAUCAGAGUGGACAAUCAUCAAUCUGAGCCAUCAGUCAUCUUGGUGAGUGCAAAAACCAAGGUCGCACCACUUAAGAAAAUGACAAUUCCUCGCUUGGAAUUGACAGCUGCUGUCAUCUUAACCAAUCUGGUAAUCUACAUCAGGAAGAUGCUGGAGAAAGAGAAUCUACAACUCUUUCUUUGGUCUGACUCCACGGUGGCGCUCACAUGGAUCAAUGGACACCCAUCAAGGUGGAAGGAUUUUGUUCAGAAUCGAGUGAUCAAAAUCCAGAACUCAUUACCAGCAGCUGAAUGGAAACAUAUCAGGGGAGUCGAGAACCCAGCAGACUGUGCAUCACGGGGAUUAUCACCAGAGCAACUUGUAAAUCAUCAGCUGUGGUGGAAUGGUCCAUCAUGGCUGAAAUUAUCAAUGGAAAACUGGCCAUCAUCAUCAUCAACAUCAAUCGAAUCUACGGCAGAAGCAGCACUGGAGGAAAGGCCAGUCUCUGCACAUCCGGUGGCACUAAAUCUGGAGAGACCUCAAGAUUUCUUGGAGAGGUACUCUACACUCGACAGGUUGCUCAGGAUCUCGGCGAGAGUCCUGAGAGUCAUCAACAACAUGAGAGGGGAGCCAGUCCCAAGAGAAUUAGAUCUCUUGCCAGAAGAACUGGAGGAGACCAGAAUCUUUUGGAUCAACUAUACACAACAGGAGAGUUUUGGACAAGUCAUCAAUCGCCUCAUCAAUGGACAAGACAUCGCAAAUAAUCAUCCAAUGGCACGGUUGAUUCCUUAUCUGGAUGAGAAUCAGACCAUUCGCCUAGGCGGGCGGCUGAAACGAUCAAAUCUUCAGCCAGAAGCCAGGAACCCAUCAAUACUACCAAGACAAUCAAGGCUUACAUCACUGGUCAUCGAGGAGGCUCAUCGGAAAACUCUUCAUGGAGGAGUACAGGCGACGUUGGCACACAUCAGACACAAAUAUUGGAUCAUCGGGGGUCGUCAUCCUGUAAAAUCGCAUAUUCGCAAGUGCGUCAUCUGCGCACGACAUCGAGCCAUCAGGGGACAGCAGCUUAUGGGACAGCUGCCUCCAAGAAGAAUCACAUCAGCACGGCCAUUCAAUCACGCAGGGGUGGACUACGCAGGUCCUAUCAAAAUCAGCAGAUGGAGAGGAUCAGGAGCUCGACAAUAUCAUGGGUACAUUGCAGUUUUUGUGUGUCUUGCCACAUCAGCAAUUCACCUUGAACUACUCACAGAUUUAACAUCACAGGCAUUCAUCGAGACCUACAAACGAUUUACUGGAAGGAGAGGUAUCUGUGCUACACUUAGCAGUGAUAAUGCUAAGACAUUCAUGGGAGCAAACAAUGAGCUGGGCAAGCUUUUAGACGAAUCAAGGAAGGAAAUUCAUCACAUCAUCAACGAACUGGCAUCAAACGGCACAAAAUGGAUCUUCAUCCCACCGCAAUCACCCCACAUGGGUGGGAAAUGGGAAGCUGCGGUGAAAUCUGUGAAAUUUCAUCUAAAAAGGCUCACAGGGAAUUUGGUACUCACGUACGAGGAACUCAAUACACUCAUCAUCCAAAUCGAGGCGCAACUUAACUCGAGGCCUCUCUGCGCUCUAUCAGACGAUCCUGAUGACUGCAGAGCCCUCACACCUGGACACUUCAUCAUUGGGGAACCCAUCAACGCAGUUCCAGAGCCAUCACUCAUCAAUCAGAAAAUGGAAGGUCUCACAAGGUGGAAAAUGAUCGCAAGGAUCGCUCAACAAUUCUGGGACAGGUGGUCAAGGGAGUGUAUGCAUCAUUAUCAAACUAUCUACAAAUGGAAAAGAUCAACGGAUGACAUCAAGGUCGGAACACUAGUUCUCAUCAUUGACGAGAGGUAUCCACCAACAAAGUGGCCUCUAGGACGAGUAUCAAGGGUUCAUCCAAGUGAUGACAAUCUCACAAGGGUGGUAGAUAUCACCACUGGGGCAGGAGGUGCAAAUACCUACACCAGACACAUCAACAAGGUGGUUCCGCUACCAAUCAGCACCGAGGAGGAAGACCAACAAGAGGAUCAUUCAUCAUCAUCCGACGAUGAAGGCGGGCGGAAUGUACAAAAUUAAGGCUGAUCCAGGGCAUUGGGUCGAUCGGACACCAUCGGAAUAAUUCGGGAGUGGGCUCGGGUGCCAUGAGGGGUCACUCUGACCACAUACCUCACUUCGUGUUCAUCCAUCAUCAGAAUCACAACGCAAAUAUCGGAUAUUAUCAGGUUUUUGUAUCGUGGCUUUUAUCGGAUUGAAUCAUCUUUAAUACUAUCAGUUUUUGGUUAAUUAUCAUUGAACAUUGUGCUAUUAUCAUCAUAAUAAUUAUUGGAGAACUAUCAAGUGUAAAUAGUGUAUAUUUUUUGGUUAAAUUAUAUUGGUUCGCCGUAAGGCAAAAUCAACGUGUUUUUCGUCACUAUCCCAAGUUGGAAGAUCAUCUCUCCACUUCCGCUUCCAAUCCACCCUACCCGGUUAUCAACAUCAAAACUCUAACAGAAUGAAAAAAAAAUUUUUGUGGAUAGUCGUAAGGGAAUAUUUUUUAGAGAGACAAGAAUUAUUUUCAUACAAUUAAUUCAUUCAUUUUGAUGGUAUUUGUGGUAUUUUAAGGUAAUUAAUUUUCCGAAAUGGCUAACAAUAAAUCGAAGCA